CCCUUCCCUCCCCGCACCCACCCGCCCGCCCAGCCGGAGCGGUCGCCGCCGCCGAGAACCGGAGCUGGGUAGCGGGACCCCGGCCUGAGGCAGCUGGUGACUGAGGGCUCUCCCGCCUGGCUGCCCGUCGCUGCCCGCUCCUGCCUCGCGAUGGCGACUCCGGACGUCAGCGUUCACAUGGAGGAGGUGGUGGUGGUGACGACGCCGGACGGCGCGGUGGACGGAGGCGGCGUGGAGGAGGUGAAGACGGUGCUGGUCACCACCAACCUGUCCCAGCACGGCGGUGACAUAAAUGAAGACACGCUGGAGACCGAAAAUGCAGCUGCUGCGGCUGCCGCUGCCUUUACAGCCUCCACGCAUCUGAAGGAAGCGGUCCUAGUGAAGAUGGCUGAAGAUGAGGACAGCUUGGAGGCAGAGAUUGUCUACCCCAUCACCUGUGGGGACAGCAAAGCCAACCUCAUCUGGAGAAAGUUUGUGUGCCCCGGGAUCAAUGUAAAAUGUGUGCAGUUUGACGAUCACCUAAUCAGUCCCAAGGAGUUUGUCCACUUGGCGGGCAAGUCAACCCUGAAGGAUUGGAAACGGGCGAUCCGGAUGAAUGGGAUCAUGCUCCGAAAGAUCAUGGACUCAGGAGAGCUGGAUUUCUACCAGCACACAAAGGUCUGUUCCAACACCUGCCGGAGCACCAAAAUCGACCUGACCGGAGCCAGGGUGUCCUUGACCAGCCAGACAUCGACAGAGUACAUCCCUCUCACUCCCGCUUCUGCGGAUGUGAACGGAUCCCCGGCUACAAUUACCAUAGAAACGUGCGAGGAUGCCAGCGAUUGGAGCACCAGUGUCGGAGAUGACACCUUUGCUUUCUGGCGAGGCCUGAAGGACACGGGUCUCCUGGAAGAAGUUAUCCAUGAGUUCCACCAGGAGCUAGUGGAGACCAUGAAGGGCUUGCAGCAGCGAGCGCAGGAUCCCCCGCUGCAGCUCGGUGAUGCUGUUUUACUCAACAACGUAGUCCAGAACUUUGGUAUGCUGGAUCUGGUCAAGAAGGUCCUGGCCAGCCAUAAGUGUCAGAUGGAUCGCUCAAGGGAGCAGUACACGCGGGAUUUGGCAGCUCUGGAGCAGCAGUGUGAUGAGCACCGCAAGCGAGCAAAGGAGCUGAAGCACAAAUCGCAGCAUCUCAACAACGUCCUGAUGACCCUCACGCCCGUCUCCGUCCCCACGCCUUUAAAACGUCCCAGGCUGACCAGGGCCACCUCUGGACCAGCUGCCAUCACCUCCCAAGUCCUGUCGCAGCCGGCGCAACUCGCCGUCACCCCCGGCGUGCCCGUUUCCCAGCUUGCCAACCUCCCUCUCGGCAAAGUGGUCUCAGCCCUCCCGCCCUCGGUGCUGGGGAAGAGCCCGUCCCAGCCUCCCACCGCCAGCUCCCCGGCCUCCCCGCUGCUGGGAGGGUACACGGUACUGGCCUCCGCCGGCUCCACCUUCCCCGGUACGGUGGAGAUCCACCCGGACGCUUCCAACCUGACGGUGCUGAGCACGGCCGCGGUCCAGGACGGCAGCACGGUUGUGAAGGUGGUGAGCCCCUUCCAGCUGCUGACGCUGCCGGGACUCGGCACGACCAUCCAGAACGUGACGCAAAUGGCUCCCGGCGGGAGCACGGUCGUGACUGUCCCAUCCAGUGCCACCGAGGCCGCCGGCGACGAGCACGCUGCCACCUCCAUCGAGGUGACCGCGGUGGCCGAUGAGGCAGAGCAGAAGUGAAAGGGGGGACUUACCUGGAGGGACGCUGGCCGUGCCGCUCUGGGUGGAACUGCCUUUUCUCUGGCUGCGCUGCGGGAUGAGGAGUGGUGUAACGAGGGGCAUGGGUUAACGAGACUCAGAGCGGCUCCUUGGUAAUGAGGAGUUUCAGGUCAGAGGGAAGGAGGGGGAGGAAAGAUGCCCGGAGAAGGGAAAGGCAAAAAUGCUCUGCCUUGUUUGGAGGAGAGAAAAAAAAAAAAAAAACCCACCUUAUUUUUUUAUAAAGCUCUCUUCCCCCGUUCUCUUGGAGUAGUUCUUCUGUUCUAGCUCGUCAGCCCUGCCUUGUUGGCAUGCAUAGCUGGAGCAGCAUCCGUUGUAGGAGCAGGGCAGGGAGAAGGUGGUAGCGAAAGGAAAAGCAGGUGAAGUGCUGAGCGGGCACCGAUCCGGCUGCCAAGGGGUCUGGCGUGAACUGAUGGGAGGCGUCAGGGAGCCGGCUGCUCCCCGUCCCCGGGGGGCUCCAGGGAGGGAGAGGGGAUGCUGAGAGCAGGCUGUCUGUGGGAUGCGUGCAGUCAUCGAAACCAGGAGGAGGCUUUAUGGCAGCGCGGGCGCAAGCCCCGGGAGCUGCUUCUGCAUGUGAUGCUGGCUUUGGGUGGCAGAAACAAGCGGGAGCUCUUGUGACCGUGGUCACGGUGGGUUGCCCAGGUCUGCUGGGGGAAGGAGCGGGAGAGAGAAACCCAGAGGGCUUGGCGAGCUGUAACUUCUGAGGAUUUAGGGUCUCUUUCUAGUUUUCUCCCCCAAAAAUCCAUUCUUUGGGAUUUUUUUAAGCAAACAGCGAUUUUCAAGCAAAGCCCUUUGGUUGUGAAGAUCAUGCUGUAAGGCAGAGAUGUGCUGUUGAAUGUGCAGAGAGAUGAGCUGAACGGCCGUGCUCCGAGGAGCCUGCACUUACUAACGAGGUGUGACCCUGGUGCAGGAUCAGGCCGGUUCCCGGUCCCCAGCAUCUUGCCAGGCACCUCAUCCCGUGGGAGCUGGGCGCUGCCGUUCCCUCCCCGCCGGGUUUGAGCAGCUGUUCUGUAACGGGGUGGUUGACCCCCCCCAGUACCGUUUGACCAUUCAACUCGCUGCGAGUCUCAUCUGGUCCUGUUCUAGGGCACACGCGUGCCGUGCAGCUGCAGCGAUGUUCACAGUCUCCGGCUGGAAGGAGGCGGGUGCUUGAAGUGUUGGGGUUUCUACAAACUUGAUCUGGCAGCAGCAGCGGCGACAGGUCACUUUAAUGAGCUAAUAAAUAUUUUUUUGAAAGAG